AAUAUGCAUUGCAGUCACUGAAUCUAUCUUCAAUGCUAGGAACAUUAACUCUCGGCCACCGCAAUAUGCUUAUUCGCUCGGCUGUGGCGGAGGCGCGGCCGACGGCGGUUAUUGAGCGAAGGAGGAGUCUGUACGAGGUUCUCAGAGUCAAACAGAACGCUUCCCAAAUGGAGAUCAAAGUGGCGUACCGGACGCUUGCUAAGUUGUACCACCCGGACACUGCCUCGCAUUUAGUUAAAUCCUCAUCAACGUCGACCGGAGAUUUCAUCGAGAUUCACAAAGCAUACUCCACGCUAUCGGAUUCCGACGCUAGGGCUGUGUAUGAUUCGAAAUUGAGCGUGGGGUCACCACGGCGAAGGCCUUCUUGGAGUGGUUCUGGGGUACGGUUUUACCAGACCCGAAGGUGGGAAACGGAUCAGUGCUGGUGAUGGUGAAAAGUGAAAACCCCGUGUAAAUUCUCCUCCCCGCUUCUUCCUUUUUCUGGCAGCGGUAAUAAAUGAAUUAUCAAGGGAAAACUGAUUAUUGAUUUCCUUAGAUUUCACUCUUGCAAUUCGACAAACUUGACCGUGCAUGACUUUGUCAUGAUAUAUGCUCGAUCAACUGGAUACUUGGUCGAGUUGGUCGGGUUAAGUGCCAUUAUUUUUUAAGUUUAUUGAGUUAAUAUGUUUAAACUAGAAAGAUUAUAUUCACUAAUAUUAGGCUUUUGGCUGCUAUCUAAGAAUGAAA